AUGUCGGUCGUCGCGUACAUGGACUUCGUGGCUGCCCAGUGCCUGGUGUCCAUUUCUAACCGCUCGGCCAUGCCCGAGGCAGCACAGUUGAAAGGGCCAGGUGAGGAGCAGGUGGGGAAGGAUCUGUGCGACCCCCGUGACGCUUGGAAGGACUACUGCACCUUGGUGACCAUUGCCAAGAGCCUUCUGGAGCUGAACAAGUAUCGGGCCCUGCCCGUCCCUUCUGUGUGCAGCGGCAACAUGGAGAGCCCAGACGAGGACAUAGGCUCUGACAGUGACGUGACCACAGAGCCUGGGUUGAGCCCGGCACGCGACUCAGCACCAGGGCAGCGCAACACCGUGCCCCUCAAAGAGAAGUUAGUGUCUGAGAAGCGGCACAAGUGUCCCUACAGUGGCUGCAACAAGGUCUACGGGAAGUCCUCCCACUUGAAAGCACACUACCGAAUGCAUACAGGUGAGCGACCAUUCCCCUGUACGUGGCCCAGCUGCCUUAAAAAGUUCUGUCGCUCAGAUGAGCUUACCCAGCACUACCGAACCCACACAGGUGAAAAACAGUUUCCAUGCCCCCUCUGUAAGAAGCGGUUCAUGCGGAGCGACCACCUGACAAAGCAUGCCCGGCGCCACACCGAGUUUCACCCCAGCAUGAUCAAGAGAUCCAAAAAGUCCAGCUCCUUGUGA